AACGGGUCUUCCUCUCCUCUAGUUUUGGUUUUUCAGCCGCAGAGCGAGAGAUCAUUUCGAGGGCUAAAAGCGAAGAAUCUCAGAAGCUUAAAAAAUGGUGGUGCCGAAGAAGACGAAGAAGACCCAUGAGAGCAUCAACACCAGGCUCGCUCUGGUGAUGAAGAGUGGCAAGUACACUCUGGGGUACAAGACAGUCAUCGACUCUCUUCGUAACUCCAAAGGGAAGUUGAUUAUAAUUUCUAACAACUGCCCUCCUCUGCGAAAGUCUGAAAUCGAAUACUACGCUAUGCUCGCCAAGGUUGGAGUUCACCACUACAAUGGAAACAAUGUUGAUCUGGGUACAGCAUGUGGAAAGUAUUUCCGAGUUUCAUGCCUUAGCAUCAUUGAUGCAGGUGAUUCGGAUAUUAUCAAGACGCUGCCUGGUGGUCAGUGAGCGACUGUAGUUUAUCCCCUCUAAAUCGAAAGUAGUAUUGUUUUUCAAAGAUUUUCCUCUCUUUUCACCACCAAUGAAGUACUCUUUUUUAUUCUAUGACGAUGCUGUCUUUGUUAUCCUUGUAGUGACAUGAUGCAUGGUGUUUUGAGAAUCAUUUAAAGUUAAUUUUCGUUGUACUAGAGAAUUCACAUUUUGGGGGUUUC